CUUAAUAUACUUGUGCUAAAAAUAAUAAAAAAAAUCCAAAAUCUGUAAACAGCUUAACAAAAGGAUUACAAACAUUUACAAAACACAAAACAACAAAAAGUACACAAAUUAAAGCAGAAAAGUAACAACAAAAAACAUUUAUUGCCAACAUUGCUGCUAAAACAGUGAACUUUGGAUUAAAAAGGAUUUCCGCAUAUCAAAUCUCUGUGAUUAUUAAAAAACCACUUCUGAUGCAUUUACUUCCUUCAUUAAUUUAAUAACAUACACGUCGUUCUUUAAAAAAAUGUGCAUUAAAAUCUUAGUUAAAUAUUAAUUUAAUUUAAUUUAAUUUUUCUUUUACAGUGCAAUUGUAGUUUUAAGUGAUAAAAAUUAAAUAUUAUAUAAAAUUUAUUAUAAAGUGUAAAGUAUUGUAAAGGAAUACCAAUUGAAACGUAAAAAGUGCAAUAAUUAACAUCAAAAAAAAAGUCCUUUAACCUAAAACUUAAAUAAAACUGAAUAAAACCUCUUUUAGGUUUUAAUUUUGCUUUAUUUUUUUCUUUAUUAUUUCGUGUAAAUAAAUUAUAUAAUUAUAAAAGAGUAUCGAAUAACGUUAAACGUAACGCCAUUAUGGAUCCGCCUAUAGGCAAUGGAUUCUGGCAAAAAUCAUGUAAAGCUUCAAUAAAAUCAAAAACAACGCAACAACACAAAAGUAGCAGUAAGAAAAGGACAACAGAAAACAUGCCAAGUAAUGGAGUCCAUCGUUCACUUACAAUAGAAAACCUAAGAAAUAUGAGUGUGUUUGUGUGUUUAGUCGCCAUUAUCGCCUUAAAUAGUUUCGGUUUUAUAGCAACAACAAAUGCGGCAAAUCAUCGAGAAUAUACGCACGAGCUGCCAUUACUAAAAGAUGGCAGUCGUUUUGGCGAGAGCAGUAGCAGUCGUCUACUUCCAGACUCAAGUGUGCCAUGUCCUACGGGAAUGUUUCGCUGCAAAGAUGGUAAAUGCAUCACUUCAUUGUGGGUGUGUAACUAUCAGAAAGAUUGUGAUGGUGGCGAAGACGAACAACAGUCAUGUCCACCGCCUGAAUGCGAAGCCGGACAAAUCAGUUGCGGCCAAUAUAUCUUCAAUAAAACAUAUUGUAUACCACCACAUUAUCGCUGUGAUAUGACAGACGAUUGCGAGGAUAAAUCCGAUGAAGCGCAGUGCACAUAUAGAAAAUGUCAGUCAUCUGAUGUGUUUUGUAAUGCACCCGGUGGUUUGGCACCUUCUGAUGGUAGCCGUUUGUAUGGUCCUUGCGUACCAGCUGAGAAACGCUGUGACGGUUAUUUGGAUUGCCGUAAUGGACGUGAUGAGGAUGGUUGCACGGGCAUACCAUGUCGCUUGGAUCAGUUUCGUUGUGCCAAUGGAAUGAAGUGUAUUGAUGCUUCACUUAAAUGCAAUCACAAAGACGAUUGUGGUGAUAAAUCUGAUGAGCAAGCCUGCAAUUUCCCACCCUGUCAUCAUGAACAAUUUCGUUGCACGAAUGCUCUGUGCAUACCAUCCAACUUUCAUUGUGAUGGCUAUCAUGAUUGUGCGGACGAAAGUGAUGAAGCUAACUGCUCGGCAAUUGCAUGUCCUGAUAAUAAGUUCCUUUGUCCCCGUGGCGGCUCGGACGGUUCACCCAAGUGCAUAUUAAAAUCUAAGCUCUGCGAUGGAAACCGUGACUGUCAAGAUGGCAGUGAUGAGGAAACUGCUUGUUCCACUUCAAUAUGUCCCGUACUUGAUUGUGAGCAUAAAUGUGCACCUUCACUAACAGGUGGCAUAUGUUACUGUCCAGCUGGCCAAAGAUUGCAUACAGAUAAUCGUACUUGUGUAGAUCUGGACGAAUGUACCGAAUGGGGUCAUUGUGAUCAACUGUGUACCAAUACCGAAGGCUCUUACACUUGUCAAUGCGCCCAAGGUUAUAGUCUAAUAAAUAAUUCGAAGUGUAUAGCACCUGAUGCUAAUAAUUUGCAACUGAUCUUUGCACAUGAUCGUGCUGUGGUGCGUAUGUCCUCACAUGGUGGAGAUCCACGCGUUUUAGCGAAUGCCACAGCCGCUUCUGGUGUAGCAUAUCAUUAUCAACGUAAUACACUUUAUUGGUCGGAUGUGAAAACAAGAAAGGUGCAAUCUUUGCCUCUUGACGUCUAUAACGGUGCUAUUUCUCCUCUUGACUUGACAUUGCCUGGUACAUGGGCGCCAGUUGCACUCUCAGUUGAUUGGGUGGGUGAUAAAAUUUAUGUAGCAGAUUUAAUUGGACAAAAAAUUGAUGUUUUUGAAUUGAGCGGGCAUUGGCAUGCAGUAGUUUUAGGUUCCAACUUAACUAGUCCAGCUGACUUGGCAUUAGAUCCCACUUCUGGUUUAAUGUUUGUUGCUGACGGUGGUCAAGUUCUGCGUGCGCAUAUGGAUGGUACACAUGCACGCUCUAUUGUAUCAGAAGCUGCUUACAAAGCAUCUGGUGUGACUGUUGACAUAAUUGCGAAAAGAGUUUUCUGGUGUGAUUCACUCCUUGACUACAUUGAAUCAGUGGAUUAUGAGGGUAAUUAUCGUGUGAUGAUCUUACGUGGCCAACAGGUUCCGAGUCCUUCACGUUUAGCACAUUUCGAAAACCGUAUUUACUGGACGGAUGCCACUAAGCAGGGUAUAAUGUCGGUUGACAAAUUUGCUGGAACGACUUCCAUACAAGUUACUUACAAAGCCAAAGAUAUUCGUGACCCCAAAGGUAUUGUGACCGUACACGCACUUAGUCAACCCAAGGUGUCUAAUCCUUGUGGUAAUAAUAACGGUGGCUGCAAUCAUAUGUGUAUUGUGACUGCUGUCAAAGGUGCGCCCGCCGGUUUAGGUUAUCGUUGUGCUUGUCAUACUGGUUAUCAGCUGCAGACUGAUCUGAAGAAUUGCAAAAUUGUACGCGAAUUCCUUAUGUACUCGCAACAACGUUUUAUUAAAGGCAAGGUGCUUGAUCCUGUCAUUGAAGGGUUUAGCGAUGCUAUAUUACCAGUGGUCUCUAGACGUGCACGCUUCGUUGGCUUGGACUUUGAUGCGAGAGAUGAAUUUAUUUAUUACUCUGAUGUCUUGCAAGAUGUUAUAUAUCGUGUACAUCGUAAUGGAACAGGCCGUGAAAUAGUUUUAGCCUCUCAAAAUGAAGGUGUUGAGGGUCUCGCUGUGGAUUGGGGUUCUAAAAAUCUCUACUAUAUUGAUUCUCGUAAAGGCACUUUAAAUGUGAUGUCCACUCGUAAUGUUACUUACCGUCGCACAUUGCUCAAAAAUUUGAAACGUCCACGUGCCAUAGUAGUACACCCUAAUCGUGGUUAUAUAUUUUUCUCCGAAUGGGAUCGCCCAGCUAAUAUAACUCGUGCCAACACUGAUGGCACUAACUUAUUAGCUUUUAAAAAUGUUACCCUUGGUUGGCCAAAUGGUUUGUCGAUUGACUUCAAAGAAGAUCGCGUUUAUUGGUGUGAUGCUUUACUGGACCACGUUCAACAUUCUAAUCUAGAUGGUACUGAUAUAAAGACAGUAAACUCUCGUUUAGUACGUCACCCAUUCUCUAUUGUCAUACAUAAUGAGUGGAUGUACAUAACAGAUUGGAGACUGGAUGCUAUCAUACGUCUACACAAACUGACCGGAGAGCAAGAAGAAAUGAUGGUACGUGAACCACAAACGAAUCGCUUAUAUGGUGUUAAGGUUUUCAGUCGCGAUGUGCAAGUCAUCGCAGAAACCCAACCUUGUCAUGUAAAUAACGGUGGCUGUGAGAAAAUAUGUUUUGCAUUGCCUCGAAAUGACAGCUCAGGCCAAUUACAGUCCAAAUGUUCCUGUCCUUAUGGCGAACGCUUGGCUGAUGAUCAAACAUCUUGCAUAUUAGAUCCUAGCACAGAACCUCCAGUUGAACCAUGUCCACACUCCUGGGACUUCACUUGCAAAAAUCAACGGUGUAUACCUAAAUCAUGGGUAUGUGAUGGUGAUGAUGAUUGCUUGGAUAAUAGUGACGAAGAACAGAAUUGUACAAAACCAACUUGUGGCUCCAAUGAGUUCCAAUGUAAAUCAGGACGCUGCAUUCCACUUAACUUCCGUUGUGAUCAAGAAAACGAUUGUGGCGAUAAUUCCGACGAAUAUGAAUGUGGCAACGUAACCUGUGGUGCAUCCCAAUUUGCUUGCGCCAAUGGUCGUUGUAUUCCCAACAUGUGGAAAUGUGAUAGCGAAAACGAUUGUGGUGACGGUUCGGAUGAAGGUGAUUUUUGCGCUGAAAAAACAUGCGCUUACUUCCAAUUUACCUGUCCUCGCACUGGUCAUUGUAUACCGCAGAGUUGGGUUUGUGAUGGUGACGAUGAUUGCUUUGACAAACAAGAUGAAAAAGAUUGCCCACCAAUCAGUUGUCUUUCCAAUCAAUUCAAAUGUGCAGAUUUACGGCAAUGCGUGGAGGAAUCCUAUAAAUGUGAUGGCAUUCCAGAUUGUAAUGAUGGCAGUGAUGAAUUGGGUUGUCCUUCAAUGGGUCCAAAUCAAUGUAAUCUUGAAAAACAUUUCCGUUGCAAAUCAUCCGGCUUUUGCAUACCUAUUGCAUGGCACUGUGAUGGUUCCAAUGAUUGCUCCGAUCAUUCGGAUGAAGAAGAUUGUGGACAAAUUACUUGUGCAAAUAAUUUCUUUAAAUGUGAUAACUCCAACUGCGUAUUUAAGGCUUAUAUAUGCGAUGGCAAAGAUGACUGUGGCGAUGGUUCUGAUGAGAGCGCACAACAUGCUUGCGUACCUCCACCAUUCAAAUGCCCACAUGGUCAAUGGCAGUGUCCUGGUGUAACAGAACGAUGUGUUAAUACAACUUCGGUUUGCGAUGGUACCCCUGACUGUCCAAAUGGCGCUGAUGAAGGAGAAGGUUGUGAUUUAGCGCAGUGUGACCAUCAAUCAGGCUUAUGUUCUAAUGGUUGUCAAAAAACACCAAUGGGUGCGACUUGUGUUUGUCCUCCAGGCUCAGAAAUUGGCACUGAUGAUCAAUAUACCUGUGUUGACACCAAUGAAUGCGAACCACCUGGACUUUGUUCUCAACAAUGUACCAAUACGAAAAAUUCAUACUUCUGUUCCUGUAUGGAUGGCUAUGUUCUCGAACCCAAUAAACAUACGUGUAAGGCUGUUAACCAUAGCGCAGCAUUUUUAAUCAUUUCCAAUCGCCAUUCGAUAUUGGUAGCUGAUUUGAAAGAACAAGGGUUAGAGCGUGUGCCUAUAAAUGUGGAAAACGUCGUGGCAACAGCUUCGAAUAUGCACACUGGUACGAUAUACUGGAGUGAUAUGAAAUUGAAGAAAAUUUCGUGCUUGUAUCGUGGCAGUAAUCCACAAGAAAUCAUAACCACUGGUUUGGAUUUAGUCGAAGGCUUAGCAUACGAUUGGAUAGCGAAAAAUCUUUACUGGUUAGACAGUAAACUAAAUACAAUUGAAGUAUCCACAGAAAAUGGUACAAAUCGUUUAGUGCUUGUCCGUGAAAACAUAACGCAACCACGUGGUAUGUGCAUUGAUCCAAGUCCAGAUGCGCGUUUUAUUUUUUGGACAGACUGGGGCGAAAAUCCUCGGGUUGAGCGUAUUGGCAUGGAUGGCACUAUGCGACUAACAAUUAUCAACACUAAAAUUUACUGGCCAAAUGGACUGACACUUGACAUCUCUACCAAGCGUGUUUACUUUGCCGACUCAAAGUUGGACUUUAUUGAUUUCUGUAACUAUGACGGCUCUGGUCGACAGCAAGUUCUAGCAGGCAGCCAUUAUUUACUACACCCACACUCACUCUCACUGUUUGAGGAUACUUUAUACUGGACAGAUCGUCAGCUGAACCGUGUGCUAUCAGCUACUAAAUUCCGUGGCAAAAAUCAAACCGUUGUAUCGCAUUUAAUUAGUCAGCCACUCUCAAUACACGUAAAUCACCCUUCAUUGCAACCAAUUUAUCCCAAUCCAUGUGAGAAAAAAAGAUGCCAACAUUUAUGUUUAUUAAGUCCAAGUGCUGAAGAUGGUUGCUCCUGUAAAUGCAAACCAGGUUUCCGUUUAGUCAAUAAUGUAGAUUGUGUGGAAGAAGAAAAUCCUUUCUUAAUGGUCGUUAAAGGCACACAAAUUGUUGAUAUACCCUUGAAUGGUGGUGACGCACGGGCAGGUUCAUUGGCACCUGUUAUUGGAAUUGAAAGUAGUACUGGACUUGAUUUCGAUCGCAAAGGAGAAACUCUAUAUUGGGUGCAAGGAAGAGAGGAUGAUGCAGAAAACUGUACGAUAUUUACUACUCCUUAUGGUGGUGGUAAUAAGACGGAAUUCCUUACUUCAAAUACCGGCAUCGUAGGUGCACCAUACACAAUAGCAUUUGAUUGGUUAGGACGCAAUUUGUACAUGGGUAACCGAAUAGCUAGCAACAUUGAAGUUGUGCGUGUUGAUGGUAAAGUUAAAUUCAGAACAAUUGUUCUAGCGAACGAUGGAAAUAAAACAUCGGUGGCGCAACCUAAACAAAUAGUUCUAGAUCCGAAUGAUGGUAAAAUGUUUUGGAUUGACGAUGGUGGUCUGGAUGUUCCAAUUAAAAUAGCGCGUGCCAAUAUGAAUGGUCUUAAUCCAAUAGUAUUGAAAGAGAAUGUUAAAAGCCUUGAAAGCAUUGCACUUGAUGUAGACAAAAAACAAAUUUAUUACAGCACUCAAUUCCCACCGUCAAUAUGCGUCAUGGACUAUAGUGGAGACGGUCAUAGAAUUCUAAUGAGCGAAAGUAAUGCAAUUGCACGCCCGAAAGCUCUUGGUGUGCUCGAUUCCAGACUUUACUAUCUAGACCCAUUGUAUGAAAAAAUUGUACGAGUUGAUUUGCCGAAUGGUGACAACCCCAGAGUAGUUAUAGACAACGAACCUGAUCUGAAGAGUAUGAUAAUUUACAAGAAGCGUCCUUUAAUGCAGCAUCCUUGCCAAACCAAUAACGGAGGAUGUGAACAAAUAUGUAUACCAGACGAAGCUUCAUCUCGUACUUGCGCUUGUGGUAUCGGUUAUCGCAAAGAGAACGAUAUACUCUGUGUGGCUUAUAAAACAUUUGCUGUUGUUUCUCAGUCUGAUGUUAUACGCGGUUAUAGUUUGAAUGAUAGUUCAGAUGCUAUGGUUCCAGUUAGUGGAUCAGGUCAUCAAAUUUUACACGUUGAUGUAUUCUUCCGUGAACAAUGGAUUUACUGGGUCGAAUACAAUCGUGGUUAUUGGAAUGGCAUAUUCAGAGUGAGACAAAAUGGUACAGAUCUUCAACAAAUAGUUAAAGAUGGCAUUGGAGGUAAUGGCAUACGUGGUUUAGCAAUUGAUUGGGUAGCUGGUAAUUUGUACUUUACAAAUGUUUUUCCACAUGAAAACUACGUUGAAGUUUGCUGGUUGGACGGUAGUAAUCGCAAAGUUUUAGUUAAAACCACAAAUGAUUCACCAAGAGAAUUGGCUGUAAAUCCUAUUAAACGGUUAAUCUACUGGAUUGACUAUGGUCAAUAUCCUCGAAUUGGUAUGGCAAAUUUGGAUGGCAGCAAAUGGACACAAGUGGUAACUUCCGGCAUAUCAAACCCACGUGAUUUAACUAUUGACCUACAAACGCAUGAUGUUUACUGGGUGGACACCAAGUUGGAUACAAUACAAAAAAUUUCCUAUUCUGGCAACAAUCGACAAAUAAUUCGACGAAACUUACCAAACCCAAUGGGAAUUGCUAUACAUGGAAAUGAUGUUUACUGGGUUGAUCAAAAUUUAAUGACAGUAUUCAAAGCUUCUAAAUUUGCAAGAGAUACCGAUUUACCAAUACGCGUACGUACCAAUUUGCCGAAGUUAAGCGAUAUUGUCAUAUAUAAUGAUAAUAAUCAACCACAAGAUGCUAAUAAUCCAUGCACACGUCUUGGAAAUGGAGGUUGCGAUCAACUUUGCUUCAGUUUCCCAGAAGAUCAAUCCAGUCCUUCAAGACUAAACUAUCGUUGCGACUGCGCAACCGGAAAGUUAGGAAGUGACAACCAUAAAUGCGAAAUCGUAAAUGAAUAUUUGGUAUUUGCUACACGUACCGAAAUUAGAGCAGUAAACUUAGAUCCACGAUCUACUCAAGUUCCUUUCACACCUAUGACCAAUCUAACAAAUGUUGUAGGACUUGAUUUCGAUUACGCCGAUAAUCAUAUGUUAUAUACACAAAUCCGUCCAUGGGCUAAAAUUGCCUAUACUAAAGCCAAUGCUCCAAGCAGUAAUGAUAUCAACGUAGUGCUCAACAAAGGCAUCAAUCCAGAGGGAAUCGCUUACGAUUGGACUCAAAAUAAAAUUUACUGGACUGACAGUUCGAACAACUCUAUAUAUGCUAUGAAUUUAGAUGGCACAGAACUGGUAAUGAUAGCUAGAGUAGAACGCCCACGUGCUAUUGUGCUGGAUCCUUGCAAUGGAACACUAUUCUUUACCGACUGGGGACGUUUUGGUACAUCUGGAAAAAUAUUCCGCACAACAAUGGCGGGCUCACUUAAGCGUGCUAUAGUCGAUAAGGAUUUAUCUCAGCCCAGCGGUUUGGCAAUUGACUAUGACGAACGAAAACUCUACUGGACGGAUGCAGUACGCGAAAAAAUUGAACGCUCAGAUUUAGAUGGUCAAAAUAGAGAACUUUUAGUCGCGGCAACAAUUUAUCCAUUCGCUAUAACAGUUUUUCGUAAUCACAUUUAUUGGACAGACCUACAGCUGCGUGGUGUUUACCGUGCUGAAAAACAUACUGGUGCUAAUAUGGUUGAAAUGGUUAAGCGCUUGGAAGACUCUCCACGUGAUAUACGCGUAUAUAGCGCUGAACGGCAAAAAUGUACCACUAACGCUUGCCUGAUAAACAAUGGAGGCUGUGCUCAAAGCUGUCAUCCGGCACCAAAUAAUAAAGCGGAAUGUAAAUGUGACGAUAGCUCGAAAGUUGUCAACGAGGGACGAAUGUGUGCGCCACGUAAUAAUACUUGCGAAGCUAGCAAAUUCUAUUGCCAAAAUGGUAAAUGUAUAUCACGCAUGUGGUCCUGUGAUGGUGAUGAUGAUUGUGGUGACAAUUCAGAUGAAGAUCCAAACUACUGCUCUUACCACUCAUGCUCUCCAAAUGAGUUCCGCUGCAAUAAUGGACGUUGUAUAUUUAAAUCAUGGAAAUGUGAUCACGAAAAUGACUGUAAGGAUGGUUCCGAUGAAAUUGACUGCACUUAUCCACCUUGUGUGGAUGGCGAAUUUACUUGCGGUAAUGGACGUUGCAUACCUAUGUCACAAGUUUGUAAUGGCGUUAAUGAUUGCAAAGAUAACGCAACAUCUGAUGAAACUCAUGAACGUUGCCCAACAAACACAACUUGUCCUGCAAAUCAUCUUAAAUGUGAGAAAACGAAUAUCUGUGUUGAACCAUAUUGGUUGUGUGAUGGCGACAACGAUUGUGGCGAUAAUUCUGAUGAAGAUCCACUACAUUGCGGUCAGCGAACUUGCCCGACAAACAGCUUCCGUUGCCCGAACCAUAGAUGCAUACCAGCAACUUGGUAUUGCGAUGGUGAUGAUGACUGCGGCGAUGGUGCCGAUGAGCCACCAGAAUAUUGCAAAUCUGAAGGGCGUACUUGUUUCGGUGAUCUAUUUACCUGUGAUAAUGGCAACUGUAUUCCUAGAAUCUAUAUAUGCGAUGGCGAUAACGAUUGUCUCGACAACAGUGACGAAGAUAAUCGACAUCAGUGCAAUGAUCGAAAAUGCGAUGAUGAAACAGAAUUUACGUGCGUUGAAAACAAAUCUUGGGGACGUGCGCAGUGUAUACCAAAGAAAUGGAUUUGCGAUGGCGAUCCAGAUUGUGUGGAUGGUGCUGAUGAGAACACAACGCUACACAAUUGUGCUACACAACAACCUUGUGCUGAGGAUAUGUUUACUUGCGGCAAUGGCAGAUGCAUCAACAAAGGCUGGAUUUGUGAUCAUGAUAAUGAUUGUGGUGAUGGUACUGAUGAAGGCAAGUUCUGUAAUUCUAAAUAUAAGACAUGCUCUCCAGAAGAAUUCACGUGUCAGAACUUUAAAUGCAUACGUAAUCCAUAUCGUUGCGAUGGUGAGGAUGACUGUGGUGAUCAUUCAGAUGAAGUGGAUUGUAAGAAAGAAAAUGUUACUUGUGCUGCCGGACAGUUUACUUGCACAAAUGGUCAAUGUAUAGAUAGCCAACUAGUAUGUAAUAAAAUGCCGGACUGUUCAGAUGAAUCUGACGAGCCAGCUCAUUGCAAUGUGGAUGAAUGUGCUAAAGUGGAAAUUCACCAGUGUGGUCACAAGUGUGUGGAUACAGUGACGGGCUAUUAUUGCGAUUGUAAUCAAGGUUAUAAACUCUUGGCUGAUGGCAAGGCAUGUGCAGAUAUUGAUGAGUGUAUUGAACAACCAGGGGCUUGUUCUCAACACUGCUCCAAUACACCUGGCAGUUAUUAUUGUAAAUGUGAUGAACGGUACUAUGAACGCCAGAUCGAUGAACACACAUGCAAGCGCAGGGAUAACAUCACAGCUUGGCUAAUCUUCACGAAUAAAUAUUAUGUACGUAACAUGUCGCUUGACGGAUCACUAUAUAACCUUAUGCAUCAAGAUCUUAUGAACGUGGUGGCAUUAGAUUUUGAUAUCAGAGAUGAAUAUAUGUACUUCUGUGAUGUUACAGCAAAAACAAUAUUCCGAUCAAAGUACAAUGAUGAAAGUGACAAACCUGCCAGAGAACCCGUUAUACGGCAUGACUCGCAUGGUUUGGAGGGCAUUGCAAUUGAUUGGGUUGGUCGAAAAUUGUAUUGGUUAGAUAGGCAUUCUAAGAAUUUAGAUGUCUCCGAGUUGAAUGGCACUUCACGUAAAACUCUACGUAGUGGUGUUGUAGAUCCACGCGCCAUUGUUGUGCACCCUGGCAUUGGAUUCCUGUACUUCACAUCAUGGCAUUUACAGGCGUACAUAGCUAAAAUGGGUAUGGAUGGCUCAAAUUUCAAACGCAUAUUAACGUAUGAAAAUGAUAUUGCUUGGCCUAAUGCUUUAGCAAUCGAUUACUUCACCGAUCGCAUAUACUGGGCAGAUGCACAUUUGGAUUAUAUUGCUUAUGCCGAUUUGGAAGGUCAUAAUCGACAUAUUGUACUAUCUGGUGCUAAAGUGCCUCAUGUAUUUGCCAUUAGCUUGUUUGAUGAUAACUUGUAUUGGAGUGACUGGAACUUGAAGGCAAUUGUGCGAGCGAAUAAAUUUACAGGUGCUAACUAUACUGUCAUACGUAAUACCACCCAUCGUCCUUAUGAUAUUCACAUUAACCAUCCAAUGCGACAAGUACCAUAUGCAAAUCCAUGCGGUACAGGAAACGGUGGUUGUUCCCAUUUAUGUUUAAUUUCUCCACCUCCAGAAUCGACUUAUCUAAAUAUUGAAGGUUAUAUUGAAGAAGGCGCUCCAGGCUAUAAAUGUGCUUGUCCAAAUCAAUUUUAUUUAUCCAGUGAUAGCAAAACUUGUAUAGCAAACUGCACAACUGGACAACAUCGUUGUGGUGGUUUCGAUGAGAAAUGCAUACCAUGGUUCUGGAAAUGUGAUGGUGAAAAGGAUUGUAAAGAUGGUUCAGAUGAGUUGCCGACAUGUCCGCAACGUCAUUGCCGCGCCGGAACAUUCCAAUGCAAAAAUACCAACUGCACACCAUCGGCCACAAUUUGUGAUGGCACUGAUGACUGUGGCGAUGGAAGUGAUGAACAAAAUUGUGAACUACCUUGUCCAGAAUCGGACUUCAAAUGUAAAUCUAGUGGUCGUUGUAUAUUGGAUAGUUGGCGUUGUGAUGGUGAUGCUGAUUGUAAAGAUGGUAGUGAUGAAGAUCCUGCUCAUUGUCAUAAACGAAGUUGUGAUCCUGAUACCGAAUUUAAUUGCAAAAACGGCCGCUGUAUACCAAAACUGUGGAUGUGUGAUUUCGACAAUGAUUGUGGCGACGAUUCUGAUGAGCCUGCCUACAUGUGCCGUCAACGUAAUUGCACUACUGGAUGGCAACGUUGCCCCGGACAAUCGAAUUACCGCUGCAUACCGAAAUGGUUGUUCUGUGAUGGAAAAGACGAUUGCAGAGAUAAUAGUGAUGAACUGCCAGAAAAUUGUCCUAAAUGCUCUACAGAAACUGACUUCAAAUGCGGCAACAACCGAUGCAUUCCUAAGCAAUGGACUUGUGACUUUGCCGACGACUGUGGAGACGGUAGUGACGAAAAUGAAGCCCUUUGCAAGGGUCAUUAUCGUGAAUGUUCGGAAUCAGAAUAUCGUUGUGCUAAUGGCAAAUGCAUAUCAUCACGUUGGCAAUGCGAUCAUGAAGAUGAUUGUGGCGAUAAUUCCGAUGAGCUUAACUGUGAAGGAUUCCAAUGUAAGAAUGGCACAUUCCAAUGUACUUCAGGACACUGUAUUGCAGCUUAUUUCCGCUGUGACGGUGAUCGUGAUUGUCGUGACAUGUCUGAUGAAAUAAAUUGUCCACCACGUUUCCCAGGCGGACGUUACUGUCCAGAAUCGCGCUUCCAAUGCAAAAACAAUUUAUGUGUAUCUCCAUCUGAUUUGUGCGAUGGCACCGAUGACUGCGGGGACGGUUCAGAUGAAGAUCCUAAAGUUUGCACAGAUUUCAAUUGUGAUACCUUACGCCGAUUCCAAUGUGCCAAUCAUCGUUGCGUUGCUAGAUACCAAAUCUGCGAUGGCGUAGAUAAUUGUGGUGAUGGUUCGGACGAAAAUAAUAUGACACUUUGUGCUUCAAAACAAAAACCAUGUGAUCUCUACACACAAUAUCAGUGUGCCAACAAGAAUUGCAUUGAAAGAUCUCAGGUAUGCGACUAUUCGGAUGAUUGUGGUGAUGCUUCAGAUGAAUUGGGUUGCCAUCAUACCAGCACAUGUACAGAACUAAAUCGCGGAGGCUGUGAACAUCAUUGCCAUAAUCUCACCGAUGGCGGAUUUAUUUGCGCCUGCUAUCCUGGUUACAUAAUAUCACCAGACAACAGAAAGAAAUGCAAUGAUGUGGAUGAAUGUGCCACGCGACAACAUACUUGCUCACAUCAAUGUCACAAUCUCAACGGUACAUACUCUUGCUCUUGUAACGAAGGCUUCCGUUUAGUAGAUGGCAUGUCUGGCGUUUGCAAGGCUGAAAAAGAAGAUAUUGUUUUGGUGUUUGCAAACGGUCCAGAAAUUCGAGGCUUGAAUCUACAAAAGAAGGAAGAGUUCGAUGUGAUAACAUCCGAAAAGCGCAUUGAAGGUUUGGAUUACGAUGCACAACAACAAAUUGUAUUUUGGGCUGAUAGCUAUGAUAAAACUAUAAAACGCUCAUAUAUGGUGAAUGCAGUAGAUGGACAAGUUAAAAUAGGUUUUGCACAGGAUCUGAAUAUGAAGGGAGGUUCUAAGCCAUCAGCUGUAAGUGUAGAUUGGUUAGCUUCAAAUCUUUAUUGGACAGAAGUAGAUCGUACUGGUUCGAAACCACGUGGUCGUGUGAUGGUAGCAAAGACGGAUGGUCGUUAUCGACGCUCAAUUGUAAAUGCUGGACUUGAAGUGCCUACUUCAAUAGCAGUUAAUCCACAAUUAGGACGUAUUUAUUGGACUGAUGCUGGUUCUGCACCUAAAAUAGAAGUAUCAUGGAUGGAUGGCUCCAAACGACGACCUUUAAUAACUGAGCAAAUUCGUCAUCCUGCCGGCUUAACAAUUGAUUAUUCACAAGAUCAUAUAAUUUACUGGGUUGAUACUAAACUAAAUACAAUUGAAUCGAUGCGUCCAGAUGGUUCAAGACGUAAGAGCAUAGUUAAAGGAGAUCAACUCAGACAUCCUGUGUCUUUAGAUGUAUUCGAAUCAAAUAUGUAUUGGGUAACACGCGAUACAGGUGAAUUGAUAAGACAAGACAAAUUUGGUCGCGGUGUUCAAGUUAUAGUGCACAGAAAUCUUGUGAAUCCAUCAGGUCUAAAAGUCUAUCAUGAGAAACGCUAUAAUACUUCUUUACGCAAUCCAUGUUACGGAUCUACCUGUUCACAUUUGUGUUUGUUAGUGCCUGGUGGUCAUCGUUGCGCUUGUCCUGAUAGCUCUGGUCCAUUACCAUCACAUCGCAGCACUGCUGAAGUUAUAUGUGACGCUGCUGCUGAGCGCCCACGUCCACAACCACGCAUUUGUCCUUGCCAGAAUGGUGGCUUAUGUAGUGAAAACGAUCAUGGUGAUCUCUAUUGUGCUUGUUUGCCCGACUUUAAGGGUGAGCAUUGUGAACGUAAUGUUGCUGGAGCUUUCGGUGCCGGUGGUGCCAAUGUUGCAACCGUCGUUGUUCCAAUUAUGGUCAUUCUUUUGGUGCUUUUAACAGCAGGAGGCGCAUGGUAUAUCAUUCGCAAGAAACCAUUUGGCAAAUUAGCACGUUUACCUACACUAACAUCAUCUCAAAGCGUCACCUUCCGUCACGGUACAAAUGUAGAGUUUAACAAUCCUGGUUUUCCUCCAGGCGGAGAGAAUACAAAUGACAUUGCGGCCGUUGAAGGCUAUAAUCUGCAGACUGUAAAUAGCGGAAAAACGCGUGACUUUUCAAAUCCGAUGUACGACGCAGUACAAUCGGGUACAACAACAGAUCCAACCUUAAGCAAUGGAUCAGGAAUUUACGAAGUGCCACAUGAUCCCUCCAAAGCCAAACCGAUCGGUCCAUUUACGGAACCUGUAUCAGCAAUAAUAGCACCAAGCAGCAUAACGCACAAGCCAGUACCACAUGUGCAGCUAAGAACAAGAGAACUGGAUCCAUCUGCGGAUACCGGCAAGGAUACCCAAUAUCUUGUUGAAGAGGAUAAGUCUGAAUGCUGAUAUAUUAUAAGCUAAAACAGGAAUGGACAAUUAAUAUACAUAAAAAUGAAGGACUUUUCAAAUCACAAUUUUAAAUUAAUUUGAAUAAAUAAAUGCUUAAGGCA